AUGCAUUACCCUCUACACAUAACGCUGCUGGUUGCGAGCUUAUGGAUCCUCCGGGAUGACGCGAGCGCGGCGAAAAACGGACUCAGCGCGGAGGUGCUGACAUCUUUCGCCAGGAACAUAGCGUCGGUUCUAUCAACGACCUUGCUGACCGAUUACCAAGAGCCGCAAUCGAACCAAUCGUCAAACCAAUCGGCGAGCAAUCUUCUGAAAAGAAUUCAGGAAACGCAGUCGCCAUUGGACCUCGACCGCGCUCAGGAAAGUUCAAAGAUCCCGUCGAAUGCUUCUUUGUGUCGCCACCCGCGGCACACACGCGAGCUAUCUUCCUCGAGCGACGGGAAAGAGGCAUUCCAGAAUGCUUACAUAACGAACACACCUCGUCACUCGAAGUACCAUGAUUCAGAAACGCACAAACCGUUCGAAUUCUCCGCGAAACUGGAUUCACGGACACCUCGCGACCAAAUGAAGGCAGAUUCACCUACCAACGUCAACGCCAGAGAAAAUUCCAUCGAUGCAGACAUCAAAGCGACCACUCUUCAUUACUCCAACCAGUACCAUCAACCUUUGGGAUUCAGAUAUAAACCCGAACCUGACCACCAGUUACCUAACACGAAUCAUUAUGCUCAAAUCGGUCUUCAACCUCACUAUCAUCGUCUGACGCCUCAGACACCUGGUCUCCCUGAGCAACCUUCGGUAGCUAACGAGAUUAACCCAAACGCGGUUGAGAACGAGAAUCCCCAGGUGGCUAGAAUAACACGUAGACCUUAUAAUCUGAAUUAUCACGGACCGUUUCAUGCUUCGUAUUAUCAGCCGUUUCAUCGACACGCAGGGUUUUAUCCUCAAGGUAGACCGAUCGAAGGCGAGGGUCAGUCUGUGGCACCAGCUAGUGGCCAGGAUGAAAGUAACCCAUCUAGACUGAUCAACGAUCAGAAUCAAGGCCAGACUGCGUUAGGGGGGUACGACUAUGGUCCACGUUUCCAUUACAGACCGUACUAUCACGGUGGCUACUAUCACGGCUUCCCUGGCUUCUAUCCUGGUCCACUUAACGACUCCUUUGGUCCAGGAUACGCGGAUCACGGUGCUGGUAAUGGGACAGGUGGUCCAUACUCGUUUGGUCCACCGUAUUUCUAUGGUCCCAGGUUUGGUCCUUACGAUCCCUAUCACCAACCGUUUUACCCGAGCUACUAUGGAAACGGGAGACCAGCUGAACCCCAGAAUCCACCUGAAAAUCAAGCGACUCCCGAACAAAUCGCAGCAUCUGAAAAUGGUCAGGGUAACGUUAACGGUACCACGAAUUACCCUCCGUUUGGCUAUCCGUAUGGUCCCUACUAUGGCGGAUUUAAUCAUCACCCGUAUCCUCUAACGCCUUUCGGUGGAUUGCCUUAUCGAUUCGGUUAUGGCUUCCACGAUCACCCGUUCCCACGGAUCAAAACGGUUCCUUACUUGAACUUCUAUCCGAGUAGCUACCACCACUUUCCGUUUGCUCACUGGUAUCCCUUCGGUGGGUAUUAUCCUUACAACAAUCAUCGACCCGCGAUGAUGCCCGAGAAACCUGCGCAAGCGGAGAAGACUGCCAACGAGAACCCCGAAGCCGCUGAGCCACCACCGAGCAGCGAAGCCGAGAUGUUGUCCGAGAUCAAGGCAGAGAUGAUCCGAUCCUCAGCUUCUAAUCAGUACAAGAAGCGUGCCUCCGAGUUCGUCACCAAAGAGAGCAAACUAGCGCGCGAUCAAGUAUCGAACCAAUUAGCCUAA